GAAAAGUGUGACCAUGGUCAUAGAGCAUCAGCUGGACGGAACUCUAAACUGCAGAACAAUAAUAAAAACCAACCAAUGUCCCGCCAAGGCAACUGAAUAUUAUUGUAGCCAUGCCGAUUUCGGAAAUCCAUAAGAGAGGUCUCCGGGAUCUAUUUAUGAGCGAGAAGAACACACCCGUUCUGAUCCAGUUGGCCAAAGGCACCACGAAAAAUGUGUGCAAGCCAGAGGAUCCUGAGGAAGCCCUUCGACUCCUCUCCACUUACAUUCCGGAUAUUUACGUUCUGCUCUCAAAGCGCGCGAUAACCAAGGAACUGCUCUUCACGUAUCUGCGCAGCCGACAACCGGAAACUUCCACAGACUUUACCAAGGCAGACCUCAUAACAAAGGUGAUUCAGUACUGGGAAGAGGAGUCCAAAAGAUUACGUUGUGGAGGGCAGAUCGCCGUUGUCUCGGCCCAGCAGAGCGAGGAGGACUACCCCAUUCACGCCAUUGCGAGAAAGUUCGGUGAGUGGUUCUUCGAGCGCUUCAAUUCAGACAGCCUGAGCCAGGUGGACCUGUGGAUCGAUGCGGCCCUGCACCUCACCAUUAUGGCCAGCGAUGGAAUGAACGAGGUGGAGUGCACGACGGCUGCUGAAGUGCUGUUGGCUCUAACAAGCACCAAGGAAAAAUUUGGUUUCCACUUUAAUCCGAACUUGACGCAUGCCGGGAUUCAGGGCCGUAUGGACUCGUACGGGCAGGUGGUGGUGCUCUGCUGCGGCACCUUGCACACUUGCGACAGCUGCGUCGGUGUCUUCGAGUGCGCCUUUGGUAUUCUACGGGAUCCCUUUGCUCACAACAACUGGAAGCCCAAGAAACUGAAGUGCUUGCUCAAAAGCGAGCUGCAGCCCCCGGAACUUCACAGCCUUAGCUCAAGCAAGACUCUGCAGGCAGCUCUGGAGCUGCCAGUGCCCACCGAUGAUCUGGACUAGUGGGCUGCCAUGUAUUAAUACAAAAUUGAACUCACCUGAGGGCCGCAGCGCUACUUACACGAACAAAGCGAAAGCCCGUCAACAAAAUCGUGAAAGGUUUUUCUUAAUCUUCUAACGAAUUACAGUAGAGCACUAGGAAGCCGUAUAAGAAAUUUUUUGACAGCCCAAACUGCAAGUUUAAAGAAAAUAAAUGCAUUAGCAAAGUGGGGUUGUGAAAGAUGAACCGUAAACGAUUAAACAAAAUAUAUUAUUAAGCGGGCCAUAGAUAGAAAAAAAAUGAUGUACAGACUACGUCUAUUAAAAAACGUAAAAAUUAUAAAAGUGUGUCCUUAACAACGAUCGGACGAACUUAAGGGGUAUCCUCUGCAAGGUCAUGAGUUUAAAUUAUUACCAGCUAAGUUAGCCUGAAUGCCAAGGAACGCUCUUCCGUAACAAGCUGCGCACUGAAAUUAUAGUUCUCAUUUAUACGAUGUACAGGGCGGUUAAAAACGGUGCUAGUGGAUAUGUUUAUAUAUAUGUAUAUAUUGUGUGUGGCAAAUCGGUCACAUGCAUUUUAUAAAGUAGUAGCUUUAAAAUACUUAUAUACACGCAUGGUACACACACGAAUAACAAGUUGCGGAACAUUUUCUAACUGAAUAAUAGUAUGUUGUAUAAUUCGGUUCUCAAAACGUAUAAACCACAGAGCUUAUUUACAUCGCUUGUGUAAAUUUAUGAAUCGUGUGAUUUUUUGGUGAGCAUGUUUAUCUGCCAACGAACGAGAACUUGUAACUAAUGCGCGAGUUGGCCGAAUCGGUUAACUUAAGGCUAGGCAAAAUAAAAUUACGUUUUAUUCA